GAAAAGAGCACAGAAAAGGAAUUUACGCAGACCAUUCUUGAUGUAGAAGAUCUUGUUAAAAGUGGCAACAAACACAAGGUUUGUCCUUAUUAUUUAUCUCGAGCUCUGAAGCAGAAUGCUGAAGUAAUCUUCAUGCCAUACAACUAUUUACUUGAUCCAAAGAGUCGCAGAACUCACAAUCUAGAUCUACGGGGCACAAUAGUGAUUUUUGAUGAAGCGCACAAUGUGGAAAAAAUGUGUGAAGAAUCAGCUUCAUUUGACCUUACUCCUUAUGACCUUGCCUCUGGAAUUGACGCUGUUAAUCAGGUCUUAGAGGAUGAAGCAAAAAAGGUUAAACACAACAAGUAUGAUACACACUUUGAUUUUGAAUCAUUCAAUUCAGGGCUGAAAAUGGACUUGAGUGAUCUGGCUAAAAUAAAAAAAAUUCUACUUGAUUUAGAAAAUGCAAUAGAUGCUGUUGAAUUAUUACCAAAUGGAAAUGGCGUCACCAAACCAGGAAGCUUCAUCUUUGAAUUGUUUGCACAAGCUCAAAUUACUUUCCAAAACAAGUCUGCAAUUUUAGAAGCAUUGGAACAGAUCAUCAGUGCUUUGUCAGCACGCAGUGGAAUAUUCACCAAUACAAGUGGAUUACAGAAGGUAGCUGAUAUUCUUGAGAUUGUUUUCUGCAUUGAUUCGCCAGGGGGCACUACAGCACAUACAAUGGGACAAAAUGUGACCAAGCAUUACAAGGUUCAUGUGCACCCAGAUAACAGUGGGAAGAGGAAGCAACACAGAACUGAUUUAUGGACUUCAUCUGUUACGAAAAAACAAGGAAAGAUUUUAAGUUACUGGUGCUUCUGCCCUGGCUACAGUAUGGCUGAGCUGGUACGCCAAGGGGUUCAAUCCAUCAUCCUCACAAGUGGUACCCUUGCUCCACUGUCCUCUUUCACUUCAGAAAUGCAAAUCCCUUUCCCUGUCAGUCUGGAAAAUCCCCAUGUGAUUGACAAACACCAAAUAUGGAUAGGGGUUGUUCCGAAAGGCCCUGAUGGAAUACAGUUGAGCUCUGCAUAUAACCAAAGGUUUUCACCUGAGUACAUGUCAUCCCUUGGAAAAACACUGGUUAAUCUGUCCAGAGUCGUGCCAAAUGGGUUGUUGGUGUUCUUCCCAUCAUAUCCCGUCAUGGAUAAAAGCCUUGAGUUCUGGAAAGAGCAAGGCAUUUCCAAUAGAAUAGAAGAGAUCAAACCCAUCUUUGUGGAAGUGAAAGGCAAAGGAUCAUUUACAGAGGUUAUGGAUGCAUAUUAUGAUAAAGUGAGUGAUCCAAAGUCGAAUGGAGCUUGUUUCUGUGCAGUGUGCAGAGGAAAGGCUAGCGAAGGCUUGGAUUUUGCAGACAUGAAUGGGCGAGGUGUGAUUGUUACUGGAUUGCCUUUUCCACCUCGGAUGGACCCUAAAGUAGUGCUAAAGAUGCAAUUCCUUGAUGAAAUGAGACUGAAGUGUGUUGGAACUGCUCAGCAUUUAUCUGGACAAGAAUGGUAUAGACAGCAAGCAUCACGUGCUGUCAAUCAAGCCAUCGGCAGGGUUAUUCGUCACCGCAAUGAUUAUGGAGCCAUCUUCCUGUGUGAUCAUAGAUUUACUGGAACGGAGGUAAUGUCACAGUUGCCAUCAUGGGUGCGGCCAUAUAUCAAAAUCUAUGACAACUUUGGACACACAAUUCGAGAUGUAUCUCAGUUUUUUCGUAUUGCUCAAAAAAUUAUGCCUGCGCCAAAACUGAAGAUGGGGUCUUGCAGGGGCCGUUGUUUGGAGAUAGACGCUGCUGCCUCAUCCUCGCCUGCUGUCUCUGACCUAAAUCUGAAGAAAGCAAAAACUUUAGAUUCCCAUGUUCCAAGCCUCAAAAGAAAGCGUGCUGAUGGCGUUGAGCCUUUUGAAGGAGAUGGCAUGACCAAGAUCUGCAUUGAAUAUGAGAAAGCAAAUGAGACCACAAGAAAGAAACCUGUGAGCCUACUUGAUGCAUUAGAGCACAGUGAACAAAAGACUGAUGAAAGUGGAAAAAAGGCGGUUAAAAUGUUAACCGUGUCUUCUAAACAUGUGACUGGUGAACAGCGAGGAGGGAGGAAAAAAAUCACGCUAGUUAGUAAUCAUGUACUUGAUGUAUUGCCACUAUCUGAGAAGACAAAAGCAGAAAAAGCUAAACUUUUCAUAGUAGCUGUAAAGGAAGUUCUCAGCAAUGCCAAUUAUGAGCGUUUUACCAAUGCAAUGCAGAAGUACAAGUUGACAGAUGAUUUUGAUACCAUGCUGAGUGAAAUGGCAGCACUUUUUACAGAAGAUUCAAAAAAAAACAAUCUUCUGCGAGAAUUUUAUCAGUUUGUUCGGCCACAUCACAAAAAGAGGUUUGAUGAAGCUUGCUACAAUCUGACUGGUGAGGGAUGUGGAUUUAAACCUGAACAUGCAGUUCCAAGAGAGGAGAGGAGAAGAGUGGAGCACGAAGAAAAUGCAGGUAAUGAGAAUAGAUGGAGGUUUGAGCCAGCAGUCUCUGCAGAGAGCAAAUUUACAUCAUCUUCAAGUUCAUCUCAACAGCUAAAUGCUUGCACACAUCUCAACAGAGGAGGACAGCACCUAAACAGUGGCAUGGUUAACCAAGGUGAAUUUUGUAAUUCUGAACCAUCUGUUUCUACAACUGCACCUCCAAAAACAUUAACUUCGACAGCAGACCAGAAGAAACAACAUGUACUUGCUGCCUAUAUUAGUGAUGUUAAGAAGGCUUUAGGACCUAGUAAAUACAAUAGAUUCUCAUCGGUACUUCAGACAUAUAAAAAGACAGAUAACUAUGAUGACAUGGUAUCUGAAGUAGGUGCCCUGUUUACUGAAAAGUCUGAGGAUUUUCAUUUACUAAGAAGAUUUUAUAUAUUUAUUAGAACACACCAUAAACAACAGUUUAACCAGAUGUGUAAAGAGCUGACGGGAACAGACUGUAAACAGCUCAUUGAGAAUGAGUGUGAACCUGAGAGACAAAGAGGAACUCUGAGCAAAACUGAAGAGAAACUCCCUAAACAUACAGUCCUGACUGGAAACCAGAGUGCCAGCAAUAACGCGAAUGCUGAAGGAUCUGGAACUACACAAAGCAGGAUUUCAGCAUUCUUUCUAAAUGGUGGAAAAUCAAAGCCUUUAAAUGUCUUGGAGACACCAAGCACUUUACAUUGCACUAAUGACAACAAUAUGGUAAAGAGCUGUCCCUCUGAAGUUCAGGACGAGGAAACAAAAAGCAUACGAUCCCCAUCUGCAAAUGCCCCAUUACUGCCUUUCUCCUCUGAUGUGAAUUUGAAAUUAGGUUUCCACUGCAUAGUUUGCAGAAUUGAUGCAACAGUGCCAUUUAAUUGUCAAUCCUGUGACUUCACCUGCUGUAUGUCUUGCUGGAAGCAGUUGUUGAAGAAAAAUAAGAAGUGCCCAAAGUGCAAAGAGAUCGUCAACAGAAGAUGCUUGAGGCAACUUUUCUUUUGGACAUAUGAUCCACGGUCUAUCAAUCAAGUGAGGAGCAAAUUGGAUACGUCAAGGAAAUGACUUUAACUCUUUGGACAAAAGCACUUUUAUUUGGGUAUAAACUAUCUUUAAACUUGUGUUUUGUAACUAUCAAAAUAAGUCUUUUUUUAAAAAAUAUCAUACAUCUGGGAAGGUUCUGAAUUUUGUAAAUGUCAGCUUUGUUGAAAGCAUCUGAAUUAAAAAAAAGAUAAAAUGCAUGCUUUUAUAUAAAGAAUUUAGGAAUCAAAGGUGGUCAAGAUGACAGUAAUACCUUUUAAGCAGUAGAAAUACAAUUCAGUUGGAUCUGGAAUUUGGUAAAUGGCGUAGAACAUUGAAUAAUCACUGUGAUUCGGUGGAGUGAUGGAUGUCAGUUUACUUAGCUUUGCAUUUGCCAGGAAUGUAUUGUAUAAAUCUGAAAAUCUGCCACAAAGACAAAAUGUUGAACUGAUCCAAGAGUACUGUGUCAAAAAAGGCAAUAUUUAAUGGGGCAAUGGGGAAAAGAAAAAUGAAUGAAUGAAAAUAUUCUAAGUACAGUUGCCUGUUAUACUUGUCCUAUCCCACAAGGAGUUAAUGCAGAAACACCAAACCCUAUAAUGUAAUCACUGCAUUUCUGCCAACAGUUGCAUAGGAGUCCUGAUCAACUGAAGUCGGGCAUAAAAUUAAGUGAUGAUUGCCUCUUGGACGGGUGACGAGUUAAAUUUUCCACACCCCGUGAAGGCAUGUUAGGAGCCAGAAGCCUGGGGAAAUAAUGACGACCUGUAUCAGGCCUCCUAAAGAGUAUUCCCAAGUCAGGAAUGUUUCCCAGGGUUCGCAUUUGAACUGUUUCCCUGAUCUCUCAAACCAGGCAGCCAGCCCCCAUCAUAGAUGAUUGUUCUUUGUGUAGUUGGGCAGCCUCCAUAAGCAAUGAGGCUUACUCCACCACUGGCAAAAUGCUGUAAUGUUUCCCUGUCCACCCGCAUGGAUUGCCAAGGCACCAGAGUUACCAAUCCUCAAAAUUACAGGUUGCCUCUUGGUGUCCGUCUGGUAGACAUCAGCGGUGAACCUACGGCCCUUGUUUGAUCUCAACAUCAGGAUCUUCAAUCUCCACAGCAAAAUCCCGGUUCCAAGUCUGAAAAAAUAUAUCUUGCCUAAAUCUUCUUGUCUCUGGAUUGUCAUCCACUGGACAGAUUGAGGAAGGUGCACAUCAGGAACCAGUGGAAGCCCUUACCAGUGGAACUUGAGUGGGAAUUGCCUGAGAUGUUUAAACUAUUUUUGGGCAAUUCCCCCGCCUUCAUGGCUGGGAUCAUGUACGAAUGUGUCUGACUCUGAGGUAAAACUGGAGACUUGAUACAGUCAAUCGAGUUAUCUUGGUAGAUAUACUGGAAUGGUUAGACAGUUUAAAAUCUGUUAAUUCCACAACUGACCACCUGCCUACGUGAUGACCUGCCUCAACAAUCCAAGAACUGGAGUCCCCAUAAUGAAAUCCAUUAAACUGUUUCUUCAACAAAGCCAGCUGAAGCCAAGUACAGCUGGA